AUGAAGUAUUUGGGUUAUCUGCUCUUUGUCGUCUUUUUGACGGCCAAUAUUGAGCAGUCAAUUGCAGUUUGUGGCUACGAGGCCUGCCAUGAUACCGUUCCCGGUAUGAUCAAUGUUCAUAUAGUGCCUCAUUCCCAUGACGAUGUUGGCUGGCAAAAGACAGUGGAACAAUACUUCUAUGGCCAUCGAAAUGUCAUUCACCACGGUGGUGUCCAGUACAUUAUAGACUCCGUUGUGCAAGCUUUACUAAAGAACCCUGAACGUCGUUUUAUCCAAGUGGAGUCCGUGUUCUUUUCCAAAUGGUGGAAUGAACAGUCGGAGGUUAUUAAACAAAUAGUGCAGCAGCUGACAGAUGAAGGUCGCUUGGAAUUCACUGGCGGUGCUUGGUCCAUGAACGAUGAGGCUGCGACUAACUAUCAAAGCGUGAUUGAUCAAUUCACCCUGGGAUUGAAAUUUUUGGAUGAUAACUUAGGCUCAUGUGCUCGACCACGCAUUGGCUGGCAAGUGGAUCCCUUCGGUCACUCCAGGGAGCAAGCUUCUAUAUUUGCUCAAAUGGGAUUCGAUGGCGAGUUCUUUGCCCGCAUGGAUGAAACUGACAAGGCUCAACGCUUGGAGAAACUGAAUAUGGAAAUGAUUUGGCAAGCUAGUGAAUCCCUAAGCAACCAUGAAAUAUUUACGGGUCUGCUCUACCGACACUAUUCCUCACCUACCGGAUUCUGCUUUGACGUUCACUGCGUCGAUUACCCAAUAAUUGAUACCGAUAGUUAUGAAAAUAAUGUAAAAGACAGAACCGAUGAAUUCAUUAGAUAUUUGGAUCAAGUAGCCCCUCAUUUCCGAUCAAAUCACAUCAUGGUCCCAUUUGGCGGCGAUUUUCAAUUUGAAGACGCUGAGUAUACCUUUAGAAACUUGGAUAGACUCAUUAAGUACAUUAAUGAACGGCAAUCAGAUGGUGACAAGUACAACAUGCUCUACUCAACUCCAGCUUGUUAUCUGAAGGCUGUGCAUGAUAGUGUGCAAACCUAUCCCAACAAGACCCUGGACUUCUUCCCACUUGCUACAGACAAUAAUAGCUUUUGGACUGGAUACUUCACCUCGCGCACUACUCAAAAGCGCUUCGAACGCACGGGAAACCAUAUGCUUCAGGUAGCCAAACAGCUUUCCUCAUUUGCCCAUCUCACAAGCGAGGAGCGCAAGAAGGAGUUGGAUUCGCUACGUUCAAUUAUGGGUAUUAUGCAGCAUCACGAUGCCAUUACGGGAACCGAGAAACAAGCUGUGUCCGAUGACUACGAUUACCUUAUGUACAACGGCAUUAUCGGUGCAUCAAACAAUGCUCGUGACGCUCUGCGGCAGCUCACUAAUUUGCCAAACGGAGAGUUCGAGAAUUGCUUACAGCUCAACAUCAGCGUGUGCGCCUUUACCAAGGAUAGUGCUGACAACGUCGUCGUCACCUUGUUUAACCCUCUGGCCCAUACCACCUCCCAAUAUGUGCGCAUUCCUGUGAAAGACGAGAGCUAUGAGGUUACCGAUGAACAGGACCGGACUGUUGCUUCUGAGGUGGUGCCAGUGGCUUGGCCGGUUCUGGCUUUGGAAUAUCGUUCCAAUGAUACUCAGCAUGAGUUGGUUUUCGAGGCAUCCGUAGAUAAGAUUGCUCACUACUUCAUAAAGAAGGUGGACAAUGCAGAAAGUUCUAUCGCCGCUAUGCCAAAGAAAUCCAAAAUCCUGACAAACAAUGACAAAUUCAAUGAUAUUGCACCCUAUGAUGAUGAUGAUUCGGAAGAGACUGUUGUCCAGAAUUCGCUUAUAAAACUAACUUUUGACAACAAAUCAGGUCGCUUGAAGACGGUGGAAAUGAACGGAGUCACUGAGAGUAUUGAACAAAAGUUUGCUGUGUACAAAACUAAAGAUUCAGGAGCGUAUCUAUUCCGUACGAAUGGUGAAGCUGAAGAGGUCGAGGAUGAUGUUGAGUUCACCGUGUACGAAGGAGCUUUGGUCAAGGAAGUUCACCAACAGGUGAACGAGUAUAUCUCGCAAGUAAUUCGCAUCUAUGAGGGUGUCAAUCGUGUUGAGUUCGAAUGGCUAGUUGGCCCAAUUCCCACGGAUUCAGAUACAGCUAGAGAAAUCGUUACGCUCUUUAAGAGUGGCAUUUCCUCAGACGGAGUAUUCUACACAGAUGCCAAUGGUCGAGAACUGAUUUGGCGAAAAAAGGACAAACGUGAGGACUACGAUCCUGACUUGAGUGUUCAACCCAUCAGUGGCAACUUCUAUCCAGUUACCUCUCGUAUGGUUCUCGAAGAUAGUAACAAGCGCAUUGCUCUCCUUACCGAUCGUGCACAAGGUGGUACUAGUUUGAAAAAUGGACAACUAGAACUUAUGCUUCACCGUCGUCUGAUUCGCGAUGAUGAUAAGGGCGUCGGAGAAACUCUGAAUGAGCAAAAGUUCGGUAAUCCACUAAUUGCUCGCGGAAAAGUCCACCUAAUCCUGAAUACGGUGGGCAGCAAAGCAUCUGCUGCCGAGCGGUUGGCCGAGAAACAACUUCACCUGCCUCUGUGGGAGUUUUUCAGCAAGAAGAGUUCAGUCGACAGCAACGCUGUUGCAAAGGCAAUUCCCGAUUUCAAUGACUUCCCUCCGUCUGUUCAUCUAUUGACCUUGGAGCCAUUCUCACAAGACGAGGUUUUGUUCCGCGUAGAGAACUUUAUGGAUCACAAUGAGGGCAAGGUUGUGAGCUUCAACAUUCGUUCUAUCUUUGACACAUUGAAUGGCCUGGAAAUCCGAGAGACCACUCUCGAUGGUAACUUGCCUUUGAGCGAAAUGAAGAGAUUCAAGUUCUACCAUGAUGGCUCUGGAGUUGUUCCGACAGAACCUCAGUAUUCAACGGCAUCUCACAAACCUUUGGCAGCUGAUAAGUCACAGGAAGCUUAUGAAUUCAGCGUUACUUUGAAACCAAUGCAAAUUCGCACGUUCAUUAUUAAGCGGGAAUAGCUACAGUUCAAUAAAUAUAAUAUUUACCAGCAAAUAAAGAAACGAAUUUAACUA